UAGAUUCCAGCACAAACCCGAGAUUACCGCCGCUGGUGGGAUGUCUGACUGAAACACCGGAAAACCGACUCUAGGGAGAGACCACUGACACUUGUAAUUGGUUUUAGUUAGCUUUUACUGUUUCUACUAUGUUUUUAUUAUAAAUACCGGGUCUUGAGUAGCUAAGGGUGAAGUUUGAGCUAACGUUAGCUUCACGGUAACGGUUUAACGGUCCGUCAAACAUGUCGGAGGAGGUGAGUCUGUACGACCUGCUGAACCUAUCCAUCGGGACCCCCCAGAGGUCCUCCGUGAACUUCGGCGCCCUCCACUCGCUGCUCCUCGCCAUGCUGAAGCAGCUGAAUCUCCGGGAGGUGAAGACCCGGUGGACAGACUCCUCUCCGGGUUAUGGGAGCCCUGAUCUGACGGCGGCAGAGGAGGAGGUUCAGGUGGAGGUUCAGCCGGACACUGACUUCCAGAAUCGGGCAGCCACUCCCUCAUACCCGGGCCCGGUCCCCGACCAGCUGAACCUCCUUUCCCGCAUCCAGACAUGUGAGGACGGCCUCUCUAAGUCGACGAGGCUGAUCCUGGAUCUGAACGAGCAGAACGAGCGUCUGAAGGAGCAGAUGGAGGAGCUCCGGCAGCAACACGAGAUGGUCGGUGACGCUUUGGGGACGGCCGCUCGGGUGGAGAGCUGCUGCCACCGUGUGGACGCUCUGGAGGAAACUGUGAAGUCUCUGAGGGACGCAGUUCUGCCCGGCAACAGAGAGGGCGAGACAAAAAAAUUCCAGAAGGAGCCUGGAGAUUCAGGGGUCGAUUAUCAGCUCGUGGCAGCCAAACAAACCUCCUCGCCUUCCGGCAGUGACCUCACUGAACCUCCUCAAAGCAGCACACCUCCCUCCUCCCACACCGACAAGGUCACCGUUGGACCAGCAGCUCCAAGUUCUCCAAAUAAAUCCGAGUGCUCUUCGGUCCAGUCAGGGCCGCCUCCACAGACUGGUGUUAAAGCAGACUCUGCUGGUAAACCUCCAGCUUCAGAUUCCAACAGCUCCACACCAUCCCCAGAGGCAGUGGAGGCCCUGAGGAGUGUGAGCGAGCUGCAGGAGAGGCUCGUCCAGGUGGAAGCUCACGUAGCGGUGUUAGAGAAAGGAAAGGCGGACCAGAGUCAGCUGGCUCAGCUCAGAGAGCUCAUCGCCAUCAAAGGUUCCCAUGGAGACGCGUUCAGUAACCUGAUGGAUCAGCUAAAUGAGCAGAGAGGUUUGAUAGACCGCCUGAUGAGCGACCGAGGAAAGAACGUGGAGCUGGUGAACGGCGUGCAGCAGGCGAUGCUGCAGCUUCAGGCCGACUGUAAGAAGCUAAACGAGACGAUGAGAUCGCUGCACGAAGACAGCAGACGCAAGCAGAGACACAUCGAGGAGCUCUACAAGACGACGGAGGAGCUGGAGGUGAACAAGGCCGACAAGCAGAUGGUCGAGAGUGAAAUCAAAGCAGACAAAUCGGCCCUGGAGGGGAAAGUGAGCCGGCUGCAGUUCGACUCGGUGACGGAGCAGCUGAGCGGGAUGUUCCACGAGCUGCUGAACAAGGUGACGAGUCAGGAGCAGGACUGGCACAAACUCAUGGGCAAGCUCUCCACCGAGAUGGAGUGUAAGCUGAACCGGAUCGAGCUGGACACAGUGAAGAAGCAGCUGGAGGAUCGCUGGAGGAGCAUCCACGAGAAGCUGCAGGCUCAGGCGGCGCCGGAGUACGAGGACGCCGCCGGGAUCAGGAAACAGCUCGUGGAGAGAUUCCACUGCCUCUCCUGCGACCGGCCCAUCAUGAAGCACACGCCCGGACCGCAUCUGGUGACGCUGCCCUCGUUUCCUGCGUUCCCCUCGCACAAGUCCAUCAGGCCGUUCACCGUUUACACCAUGGAGCAGUUACGCCAGCACUACCGGAGCGAGCGCAUAUCUGAGUUGACGGAUUAUGGUCACCUGGGUGCGGCGCGGAGCUGCGGUGGGAGUCACCACACCAACGCUGCGGGCAGCCAGCGCCGUGGCGGCCCGCAGCACACAAAACUUCACGGUGAGGUGGACGGUGCGAUUCAGUCGGAGGAGGUGGAUAUCGUUGGACUGGACGGGCGCAUUUACAAAGGGCGCCUGAACGUCCCGGCCUGCAGGAACUCAGAAACUAAACUGCCAACGAUCCCCACCAGAGACGGCGUGUAUAAGAGUAAGGACAAAGCCAAGCCUGCUGCCUCUCCGGAGGUGGGACACGGCACUCCUCUUCAUCAGCCCUGCAGUCCCAGGAGCGCACCGUGCAGCCGCUCGGCAUCCAGCUGCUCCGGUCGUGAUUGGCCCGUGUCGGCUCUGGGCUGUGCGUCUCAGAGCUCCAUCACUCAGGGUUCAGCUGCAGCUGACAGCACCGCAGAGCCUCCAAGCAAUGAGCCCCUCAACCUGUAGGGGGCAGCGUCCGCCUCCGUGCUGUGUUUAGUUUGUGAGUGCAGACAGAGGUUCGGGUAACCUCCUCCUGCUUAUCGUCCAGACUACACAUCCCAGAAACCCCCUGUGAUCUGGCUCUGUACUUAUUUUUUCACCUUGAAUAUUGUUGUUAACAGAUAAUAAACUUUAGUGUGAAUUUAAUCACUUUUUAGAACAUUAGAUAUUAAACAUCAGACAGAUGUUAUUUAUCAUAAAUGAGCCAUGUUUAACGUUUUA